UGAGAACCUUGUUUUGUGUGGAUUUGUGUACUUCUACCUAUUAACGCACCUGCGAUGGGAACCAGAAAAAGCACGAGCUGCUCCUUUAAUGACGCGCAGUCUACGUACUUCCCGGAAGUGCAGCUGUGACACAGGCCCCAUCGAUUCAACACAACUGCAUACAUAAGCAUUUACUAACAACAUAGCUCGGUUUGUACAUACUUUCCAUGGAGUACCACCGCUAACACAUAUGGAGUGUCAAGAGGAAAAGCCGAUCAUCUAUACGAUGGAAAACAAGCCGAUUGUGACAUGUGCUGGAGACCAAGCCUUGUUUACUUCUCUCUACACCUCAUUGGCCCAGCAGCUCCCCAGGGAGCCGAUGGAGUGGAGGAGGACGUACGGCCGCGCACCAAAAAUGAUCCACCUUGAGGCUAAUUUCGUCCAGUUUAAAGAGGAGCUCCUCCCCAAGGAGGGCAACAAGGCUCUCCUCACCUUCCCCUUCCUCCACAUCUACUGGACCGACUGCUGUGACACGGAGGCGUAUAAGAGCACGGUGAAGGAGGACAUGACGCGCUGGCACAACAGCUUGCGGGCUCAUAGCUCGGCGGACUGGGUCAUCAUUGUCGUGGAGACCAACGACACCAAGAAGAAGAACAAGACCAACAUCCUGCCUCGGUCAUCCAUCAUGGACAAAAUCCGCAGCGAUUUUUGCAACAAGCAGAACGACAGCAGGUGCGUGGUGCUGUCGGAUCCCCUGAAGGACUCGUCUCGGUCUCAGGAGUCCUGGAACGCCCUGCUGCUCAAGCUGCGGACCCUCCUCCUCAUGUCCUUCACCAAGAACCUGGGGCGCUUCGAAGACGACAUGCGCACGCUCCGGGAGAAGCGCACGCAGCCCGGCUGGAGCUUCUGUGAAUACUUCAUGGUGCAGGAGGAGCUGGCCUUUGUUUUUGAGAUGCUGCAGCAGUUUGAAGAUGCCUUGGUCCAGUACGAUGAGCUGGACGCUCUCUUUACCCAAUAUGUCCUUAAUUUCGGAGCGGGAGACACAGCCAACUGGCUGGGCUCGUUCUGCGCCCCGGUGCGCAGCUGGAGCGGCCUGCUGCUGCGGCGGCCCAUCGACAUGGAGAAGAGGGACGGGAUCCAGCGCGGGGAGGCCAGCCUCCUGGAUCUGAGGAGCUACCUGUUCUCCCGCCAGUGCACUUUACUCAUCUUCCUCCUGAGGCCGUGGGAGGUCACCCAGAGGGCGCUGGAGCUGCUGCACAACUGUGUGCAGGAGCUACGCCUGCUGGAGGUGUCUGUGCUGGAGGGGGCGCUGGACUGCUGGGUGUUCCUCAGCUGCUUGGAGGUUCUGCACCGGAUCGAAGGCUGUUGUGAUCCGGCCCAGUUGGCUGCAAACUGCUCCCACACUGUCGGGCUGUGGGCUUACGCAACCGACAAGCUGAAGUCCCUGGGGGAACUCUGUGGCCUGGUGUCAGAGAAGGGACCCACAUCCGAGGACCUGAACAGGACUGUGGAUCUGCUGGCCGGACUGGGGGACGAGAGGCCAGAGACUGUCAGCAGUUUGCAGAGCCCCUACAAAAAGCUGAAGGAAGCCUUGUCUUCCGUUGAAGCUUUCGAAAGACACUAUCUGGAACUCUCCCACGCUGCCAUGGAGAUGUACCGGGCCAUCGGCCGGCUCAGGUCUGCCCGACUGUUGGGGAAAAGCCUCGCGGAGUUCUACAUGAGGAAAGGGGACCCGGAGCAGGCAGAGACCUUCUUACAGGAAGCUCUGAAGUCGUACACAUCGGAGGGAUGGAGCCUCCCUGUCACUCACACCAGGAAACAGAUUGCGGAGUGUCAGAAGCUGCUGGGCAGAACUGAAGCCUACCUGCAAACCAGUGCCCUGCUGGCUGGGGACGGGAAUCUGACCACGGAGGAGAGGAAGCACUUCUGUCAAGAAAUCCUCACCUUUGCUGCCAAGUCCGAUGAUCAGUCUCACAAGGUGACCCUCAGCAUGGCCGUCUUCUCUCAGCUCACGCGGCUCCAGUUCCGUCCGGCCACGGCGUCGGUGCACUCCGGGGCCGCCCUGGAGGCGGAGCUCACCCUGCGCUGCCUGAUGCCCGUGUCGGUGCGCAUACAGCAGCUGGCCGUCAGCAUCCACUUCGACCUGGAGCGCGCGGGCACCAACGGGCGGUCCAAAGGGGCGCCGCGGCAGACCAACCCGGGGACGGUGGAGUUCAGCCAGGCCCACCCGUCGGCGGGCCCCGCCGCCUCCCUGGCGGCGGCCGGCCCCCCUCUGGAGCUGGACGAGAUUCAGGACCGGAGUCCCUCGGACAAUUCCCUCAACUCCACGGGGGUGGUGUGCAAAAACACUCACCUGGUGAUGCGGCGCCACGACACCGGCUCGCCGCCGGACACGCCCAACUGCGUCAGCCCGCCGGCCCUCGCCGUGAAGGACGGCGCGCAGAUGCUGAAGGUGCAGGACGUGACGUUGGCGCCCGGCAACAACAGCAUCGUAUUCACCGCUCCGAGCGGACAGCCGGGUACCUACACGUUGCGCCAGCUGUACGCCACCGUGGGGCAGGUGCAGUUUGUGCUGCCUCAUAUCUACCCAUCGGUCCAGUAUGAGGUCUAUUCUCAGGAGCCCCAGCUCACCGUGGAGCCUUUCUCAGAGCCUCUGCUGGCCGGCCUGCCGCAGACGGUGAAGUUCACGCUGCUGACGGGUCACUACGCUGUGAAGAAGGGCGACGCUCUGCAGCUCAGCAACACGGACACCAUGCCCAUCCUGCCCAACGCCGGCUGCACCGCCCGCAUCACCAGCGCCGCCGCAGAGUUGGUGGGGGAGAGCGCCCUGUCCAUCCAGUCGUCUGAGAAGGUGACCAGCAUCAGCCUGCCCGCCACGCCCCCGUACCACACGCUGGAGUUCCACCUGGAGGUGCUGUGCGUCAUCCCGCACGGGCCCGACCGGCCCGCCAACGAGAGGCUGACCAACGGGGAGGUCCGCCAUCGGCCGCGUAGCUACAGUCACCCGGACACGCCCAUGACCGCCAUCGACCAGAGGAUGUCCAUCGACUGUCCGUGGUCCAUCUACUCCACGCUGCUCGCGCUCACCUUCUACAUCCCCUUCAAGACCAAACACUCUGUGCUUUCUGCUGGUAACCGGAAGUACAUCCAGGUUUGCCUGCAGAACAUGUCUGAUGUGAACUUCACGCUGGCCCAAGUGCAGCUGACGGAGAAGCAGCACGAAUCGCUGCAGCUGCAGUCGCUCAACACUAAGACCCAACAGCUUUUGUGCAGCAAGCACAGCUUAUUCUGCCUGUGGGAGGUGAGGUGGAAGGACGACCUGCCCUCCUGCCUCCAGUGCGUCUUCUCCGCCAACUUCUCGCCGCCCAAGCAGGACGCCUCCGCCCUGGAACCCUUCCACUACCAGUUCCAGCUGGAGAGAGUCACCACGUUGUACAGCGUGAGGGCUGAGAUCUUGCCCCCUGCCGGCGAGCAGCACUGCCGCUGUGGGCUACUGUCCGGCCUGGAGGUGUGCAUCACGCGGCUGACCGAGCCGGCCGAGGGAGAAGCGGCGGAGGACAGCAAGACCGAGACGGACGGCCCGAAAAGCACCAAACUCAUGUAUGAAGUGGCCGACAGCAGCAGUAACUGGGCGGUGUGCGGGAGGAGCUCGGGGAUGGUGUCGAUGCCCAUGGCGGCCGACGCCGCCCACAAAGUGCGGAUCGAGGUGAUGCCCCUGUUCGCGGGGCACCUGCCCUUCCCCAAGAUCAAAGUGCUGAAGUACCUGCCGCACACGGCGCCGGUGGCCAUCCAACCCGACCCCGACAGCUGCGUGGAGAACGACAGCCUGUCCCUGCUGGACAAGGCGCUGGACGACCAGGGGGACACGGCGAGCAUCCGCAGCCGCGGCAGCGUCCACUCGGUGGGCAGCGGCGACCAGCAGCAGCAGAGGGGCGUGGCCAUGCCGCGCCUGGAGCCCUUCGACGCCGGGCAGGUGUUCAACCACAGCCACACGCAGCAGGUCCUGGUGCUGCCCGCCACCGACGACCACAUCAUGGAGGUCAACGCCACAUGACCCCCGUCGAGAGAGUUCCCGCCCCCCUCCUCCUCAUAGAGGCGAAAGCCGGGCCCUGGGUGGACUCUGCUGAGCUCAUUUUGCUUCGGGGCUUGGAUUGGAGGUCCAGGAGGCCAUGUCGAAGACCACCGCAUGGACCCCCGCUGUCUCCCCCCCCCCCCCCCCCCCUCAAGCAUGAAACCUUCACAUCACUGGAGACGUGCGGACUGGGCUCAGAGAACAGCCUGCUGAUAACAUUUAAAUAAAGAUUUUUUCUUUGCCAUACUUUGUACAUAGCUCAUUGGAUGGAUUUAUAGUUAUAAAUAUAUAUGUAUAUAUAUAUAUAUAUAUACACGGACUGAUCAAUCAGACGGGGGCGCCUGUCACGCUCCAUCAAACUGAAGAAUAGCAGGCCAGAUUGUCCCAUGAUGCAACAACCCCCCCCCCCCGAAAGUCCCAAAACCAAGGAGGCGGGUUAACAGACUCUCCUGCUCACUGAUCGUCGUGGUGAUGAACUGUUCCCUCCGGUGUUUGCUCAGGUCCAAUUUGAGUCCGGGGGGGUCCUGCUGCGUGGGGUCAGAAUCUGAACCCGGUGCAACGACGUCUGGUGGAACCGAGGGACCUCGAGCCUCGUUUUGUGUUUUACUUUGUGGACUUUUGGUGCUUGCUGGUGCAUUCAUCAAUAACAAGAUUGAUUUGCGUGUAAAACAACCGUCAAUGAUAACUCAUUUUACCAAAUAAAUGGUCAUUCCAGAAAGAUUCUGGUGAAUUAACGGUUUUAAUCUGGAUAAGGAAUUGGAACAUCUAAAGAGCAUCGCUCCCCUUUAUGGGCGGCGGUCGUACAAACAUGAGUUGGAUGAUGAAACACGACGUCUAUACCUUUCUGAACAUCAGUUAACUCGCCAGCAGCAGCAUGAUGGGAAAGUCUUUUGUGAUUAUGGAUGUACCUCCAACUACACAUUGAAGAACUUUAUUUAUUUUGACUUCUGCCCUCUAACUGAAAUGCAAACAUCCUGAAAACAGCACUUCAGACUGACUGUGUGCGUGCACAUUAUUGUCUUACACUUUUCAUUGGAUUGUUCAUAUACAGUGUGUGUUUAUGUAUGCGUGCGUGCAUCAAUUUCUGUGAGAGGAUAAUGUCAACUACCCCCCCACCUGGCUCACACACAUACACACACACGGUGUAACUACAGCCUCCUGCUCUUCGAUGAUUACUGUACAUACUGAUUUGUAAAUAUUUAAUUUGAAUCCGAAUCCUCUGAUUGCCAACUAUAUUAAAAAUUCCUCGGAACUGA